AUGAGCCAAAUUUCACAAGGCAUUCUUGCUCAACUGUCUGUAAUCAAACAAGGAGAUGAAGAAAUAAUUGAUCACUGCUUGAAAGAAAGAUCCGCUCGCAAGAAUUGCCUUAUUGUGUUGGAUGAUGUAUGGGAGAUAGAGGUAGUAACAUUCUUGAUACAUUUCUUACCAACCAUAAAAAAUGGGUAUAUUCAUGUCUUGCUUACUGGUCGACAUCGGAAAUGGAUGAGUGAUUUUUCGUUGUAUGAGUUACGGUUUUUGAAGGAAAAAGAAAGUAUGGAUCUACUAUGUGAGAAGGUGUUUGGUGAUGAGAUUUGUCCUCCGCAACUUCACAGAGCUGCCACCAAAAUUGCCAAGCUUUGCGAAGGUCUUCCACUCUUGAUAGUCACUGUUGCUGAUAUCCUAUCCAAAUCCGAACAGAAUAGAGAUCCAGUCUAUUGGAACGCAGUAGCAUAA